AGAUUCUUUCAUCCCACUUGUUAUCUUCUCUACUUCUCCUCCACUCCUCACUCCAACACUCCCUCCCCCUCUCUCUCUACAACCACCGUCUCUCUCUCUAGAACAACCGCCGGUAGAUAUGAUACUGGGAAAGAGACACCGGCCUCCGAUCAAAAGAACCACCAGCAUGACGGAGUUCACGUUGGAUCACAACCACACUGCAACCAUGGUUCCCGGUUGCAACAACAACAACAACAAGUCUCAUGAUCCCAACAACCCCUUUAACAUGAACCCACCUCAACAUGUUAAUCAUGAUCACCGGUUCUUGACUGCCACCAUAUCUCCCAGGAACCACCGCCGGAAUUCGGCUGAUCACAUGGAAACACCUCAUUUUAUGACCGCCUGUCGCCUCUGCAACCGCCGUUUAAUCACCGGUCGAGAUAUCUUCAUGUACAGAGGUGAUAAUGCGUUUUGCAGCUCUGAGUGCAGGCAAGAACAGAUGAAUGAAGAUGAAAAGAAAGACAAACACUCAUUGAUACCCAAGAAACCAGUUUCUGAAUAUUCAUCAAACGGUUCUAAAAUAGACUAAUAAAUUGUGAAAAUAUAUAUUUAUAUUCUCAUUAUAUAAUAAUAUAUAAUGGGGUUUGAAAAUUUAAUCAAUGUCAUGUAUUGAUUGGAUUGUGUUGCAACUGGAAUUAUAUAGAUAUAUAUUAUUGUAUACAUUCAUAUGUAUGCAUACAUUAUAUAUAAAGAUUUAUUAGUGAAUAAAAUUAUUUUUCAAUCUUUA